AUGAGUGAGAACACCUUGAUUCGAACGAGGAAGUUUAUGUCUAAUCGCUUGCUAUGUCGCAAGCAGAUGGUUGUUGACAUUUUACACCCAGGACGUUGUGUCCUUUCAAGAAAUGAAAUUCGAGAAAAGCUUGCUAAGACCUAUAAAACUUCCCCGGAUGUCGUUUUCGCGUAUGGUUUCCGGACUCAGUUUGGAGGUGGCAAGUCAACAGGCUUUGCUCUUGUGUACGAUUCUCUGGAUCAUGCUAAGAAGUUCGAAAUGAAAUAUCGUCUAGCUAGGGUAAGACAACGUAUUAUCAAACGAAGUUUUGUAGAAUAA